AUGAAUGACAACCGGCGAGAGAGUAGCUUCGGAUUCAGACAGUCUUUCAAUGGAACGGGCAGUGGAGGGUUCCCGACGUUAACAACUAACGUCAACCUCAAGGAACCACGGCCGAUCAAGGACAAGACGUACAUGCGAAAUUUGAUCAACAACCUUGUCAACUUCUUGACCGAAACUGGAUACCCGCAUCCGAUCACGACAAAGAAUCUGUUGCAGCCAACAAACAAGGACUUUCAGGACACAUUCAAGUUUUUGUAUUCCAAAAUGGAGCCCGGUUACGACUUUCAGAAAAAGUUUGAGGACGAGGUACCGGUUCUCCUGAAGUCAAUGAGAUACCCUGCCGCAGACACUAUCUCCAAGACAUCAUUAUACACUGUUGGAACACCCCAUUCAUGGCCGAAUAUGCUGGCAUUGCUCGGAUGGAUGAUGGAAUCCAUUCUCGCACUGGAUAGCUACAAAGAGAUCAUGGAUAUGCCGCAGUACAAUAGCAGGCAUGGCCGAGACCUGGACCCGAAACUGGACAUGACUUUGGUCAGCGCGGACGAUGCACUCUAUUACUACCUCAUAAAGACAUACAGGGUCUGGAUGGUGACAGGCAAUCUGCAGGAUCUAGACCUUGAGGCACAGUUGGCAGCGAGUUUCCAGAUAAGAGGAGAGUUUGCGGAGGAUGAAGCAAAGAGGCAAGCAGAAAUCAAUGAUGCCCUCCGGCAGGAACUCGAAGUUGCACAAGCCGAAGUGUCACCACUGAUUGCUCUGGAGAGGGAACAGCAGGUUCUUUUGAGUGACAUUGAGCGGUUCAAGAAGGCCAUUGACCACGCAGAGCCGAGGAUCGAGGAAAUUCGAAGGGCAAACGAAGACACGAGGAGAACGAUAUCCAGCAGGCAAAUAAAGCUUGGAGAUCUUGCCAACGCAAAAGCCGAACUGCAGGAGAUUGUGAGGACACAAACGACAACGCGGGCUGGCCUGGACAACAAGUUGGAGGAGCGCAACCGACUGAGACGUAGAGAGGACAGUUUGAAUCAGCAGCUGCAGGAUCUCGAGAAUGAACUCCGGACCCUCGACAAGCGACGUCAGGACGGCGAGAUUGAGGCAGAGAGAUUGGCUAAGGAGUACAACGAACUGGCGGUGAAGAUUGGAAUUGUUCCGCGGUCCGCAAAGCAUGCAAACGGACAGGAUUAUGAGCUCAGGCUGGACUUGGACAAUGUGACUUCUGGAAAAUUGUACUCUGUCGACAUCAAGGGCAAGACUGAGCGGACCAUCAGCGCCCUGAGGACGCAACUUGUGAAUUCUACGAACGAAACAAGUAACGAGCUCUUUGUUCUGAAGGAAGAACUGGACCGACUAAAGGAUCAGGUCGAAGAAUCUGUCGAGGAGCUGAACAGUAAGGAAUACCAGCUUAAUUUACAGGCUAAAAAGUAUCAGGACGAUAAGGAGGCGGCAAGGGCGGAGCUUAUGAACCGCCAGGUAUUCGCAGAGAGUCAGCAGGAGCAAAUCCAGGCGAUGAUCCAGGAGACAAUUCAAAACCAGGCCGAGGAUGAGCGGAUCGAACAGGAGAACAUCUUUCUGGAGCGCCAGGCUGGCCAAAAUCGAGAGACCUACACGCGAGGGGUCAAAACGAUGCUGGGACAGCUGACUGCGGUCAAGCAACACGUGGAGCAGCAGGCGGGCUUGGUCCUGAACAUGGCACACAAGGAGCUCGAGGAUACGCAGCAGACACGGAACCACGUCAGCCAGGUGCUUGUAGUUGAGGCUUCAGGGGAGCGCAAUGGUCUCGAGGGAGUGGAGCGCGACCUCCUCUUCUCUUCGGCAUAG